AAAAUAUUUUGAUUGAUCCUUGCUACUGUAUUAACAGCCCCCCAUUUCUAGUGAUUUUCCAGGAUAUCUAAUAUUCAGACUAUUUAAUGUCAGGUUCCCUGUUGAAGCCGAUGGAUAAAUGCUUCUUGAAAAUAAGCUCCAGUGAACACUUUCCAGGUUCAUCUGUUAGGGCAAAAGCAACACGUAACCUGCCACUUAUAGUUCGAGCAAGUGGGGACGGUGGAAGACCUAGUAGUGGAAGUGUCUUUGUUGGUGGCUUUGUAUUGGGAGGACUAAUUGUUGGUGCAUUAGGUUGUGUAUAUGCACCUCAGAUAAGCAAGGCAAUAGCUGGAACUGGAGCUGACAGUAAAGAUUUUAUGAGGAAACUUCCAAAAUUUAUAUAUGAUGAAGAAAAAGCUCUGGAGAGGACUCGCAAGGUGCUAUCUGAGAAAAUAGCACAGCUAAAUUCUGCCUUAGAUGGUGUUUCUUCACAAUUGUGGACAGAUGAAGACCCAAAGGAACCUGCAUCUAGCUCGGAGGAAGUUGGAGCUUCCAUAUAAUAAAUGAUUUGAGGAUAU